GUGCAGAGAAAAGGCUUCUUGAAAGACGACGGCAUUCAUCACUCUGACAGAAAGAAGAGAAGAGCAGUGAUGAGUUUAACCACAGCUGUGAGUGGAUUUAUGGUCCUCCUGCUCUCUGUGUCAGUGGUUCAGGGUCGGGAUGGCUGGGGAGUGACUUACUCUUCUCAUCAGAUCUGUGCCUUAAAAGGAUCAACUGUGAAGAUAAACUGCACCUUCACAUACCCAGCAAGAAUAGAUGGGAAAGAGAACAAACUUUUAGAAACAUUCUGGUUUCCUAGAAAAGAAGGUAGUGAGUUAACAGAUGUUGAAACAGACUUAGAGUAUUCAGGUCGUGUGAAGAACACCUGUGAGGAGAAUAAAUGCACUCUGAGGAUCACAGACCUGAGAGAGAGCGACGCACAUGAGUACAAGUUCAGAUUUAUAACAAACCUUAACAAAUAUCAUGGUAACCCAGGAGUCACCCUGACCAUCAAAGAUCUCCAGGUGGAGGUGAGCAGAUCACGCGGGGCUUUGCGCUUUAAGUGUCUCAGCAGAUGUCCUGCUCACACUUCCUACAUCUGGUUCAAGAAUGGAAUGAAAAUUAAACAAGAAAACUCACAGAAUUAUUCACCAGGCCCGGUUCUUCAUGCAGACAGAUAUUCCUGUGCUGUACAAGGAUACAAGAAGUUCCCCUCUGCUUCAGUGUAUGCUCCACAGCUUCCCUCUGUAUCAGUGAGUCCCUCUGCUGAGAUAGUGGAGAACAGUUCAGUGAGUCUGACCUGCAGCAGUGAUGCUAACCCAGCAGCUACAUACACCUGGUACAAGAAGAAUGAAGGUCCAUCAAAAGCUGUAGGACCGGUCUUCACCAUCACUGACUUCAGAGCUGAACACAAUGGGAAUUAUUACUGUGCAGCUCAGAACAUAAUGGGACGUCAGAACUCCACCUUACAUCUGAUCGUUUUGUCAGGUGGAGGAACAUUACUGGUUGUUGCAGUGACAAUCACUAUUGUCCUCUCUUCUCUGGUUGUUGUGUUCCUCCUUCUCUUCUUGUGGAUCAGAAAGAAAAGAUCUUCCAAUGAAUCUCCCGAGGCUGAGGAGAGAGCAGACAACAUGAAGCGGGCACAACCGGAGGAGCAGGAUGACCUUCAGUAUGCCAGCGUCUGCUUCUCCAAAAACCAGAUGGAACUCUACAGCAACAUCAGACCAGCUCGACCCGGCAGACGCAUGGAGCAACAGGAAGUCUCAGUGUACGCUUCUGUUGCCAACACCGCCAACAGAGCCAGAGGUCAAGAAACUGGAGAGGAUCCUGGUGCACUGUACAGCACAGUCAACAAAUCCAGAUGAUCCCAACAGGCAAUUCAUCACAGUUAUUUGUAUUUACAGAGGUUUCUUUAAACGUUACAACAUAUUUGUAAUAAUCAGCUACAUCAAGCUUACAGAGUAGAGACCAUUACAGAGUUUCAGUUUUGUUCAAGUGUGUUUGGGGUGGUUCUUUAUUGAUCAUUGUCAUCACUUUGAGUUUAUUUUAAAUAAACACAACUUUGUAUCAGUAUUUAAACUGGAGAUCCUACAUUUGGUUCAACAGGAUUAAAUUAAACCUUUGCUAGGGGUAAGAAAUUCAACUGAGCAGGGGUUCACAUUUUUUCUAUCUCAAUGUCAGAUUGAUGCUACAUCAACAAGAUAUAAUCCAUUGUAAAAAUAAAAAAAAGAGUAUUAAAUGUAACCAAUCCUUUAUGUUAUGAACUGUAAAUAAAACUUUUUUAAAAUUCUUUUUACACCCACUUUAUGAAUAAAU